AUGUUCUUCGGCAAGACUCUCAUGCACGGCAGUGGCGAGAAGGAUCAGCUGCUGAAGAUCUUCACGCUGUUCGGGUCGCCGCCGGACGACUACUGGCGGAAGAUGAACCUGUCGCCGUCGUUGAAGCCCCCCGAGCCGUACAAGUCCACGACGGCCGAGCGGUUCCGCGACCUGCCGCCGUCGACGAUCGGCCUGCUCGCCACGCUCCUCGCGCUCGACCCGGCCGCGCGCGGCACCGCCGGACAGGCCCUGCAGAGCAGUUUCUUCAGCACGCCGCCGCUGCCGUGCGACCUCUCGGCGCUCCCCGUCGUGGUGGAGGAGGAAGUCGGCGCGAGGAAGCGGAGGCUGCCGUUGGUUAUCCGGGUAAAACCAGGUGUCCCCUUCAAUUUGUUCCAGGACCAGGAGGAUGAUGAAUGGACUGAUGAUGAACUGACUGACACGGAGAACUCAGGCCAAGAACCAGUAACUAACACAGGAAAUCCAGGCCAAGAAUCAGCUGCUGCUAAUUCUUCCUCCAGCGCUCACGAGUCAUCAGAAAAAACCAUCGUCAACGCCUCAUCCAGCACAGUCGCGAAACGGUUUUCGGCAAGCCCGGUCGUUCAGGAAGCGAGCCCGGUUCAGAAGCCAGCGCAAGAUCAGAAGCAGCUGCCGACGGCAAACGCCACCCACAGUCCCACCACUCAGGCAGCGACGACGAUGGCGAGGACCACCACCUGGUCGCGGCUCCGGACCACGAUGGAGGCGACGACGGCGUGGAGGAGGAGGAGGCCAAAGGCGAGCCGCUGUCCGGUAGCGGCGGCAACACCGUGA